UCUCCACACCCUGUGGUCGUAUGUAUCAGGUUUUAAAAACAAUUGUGUAUAUCCCACGAUAUCCAAGUCAUCCCCCAUACAUGUACUGAUGCUCUCGCAUCUGCCGUCCCCACAAGCAAUUGCACUAUCCGAUCGCACGAGACCGCGAAUAGAUGCGAGGUACAAGUCCUCUUAUCCAAGAAUCGGCUGUUGUUCUUCCAGACUAAUACUAAACAUUGUUACUUGCAUUCGAUGUUGAUCUGAUUUGUCUUGUUGUGGCACGUCCCUCCCUUCACGAGCUGGAAAAUAUAUCAUUGUUGUCCAUCCCUAUCUACACUUCAUCUCCUCAUCCAGGUCGUCCACAACCACAUUCAGCCUUCAUGACACACUUUGGAAGUCCUACAAUGAAAAGGCUUUUCCUAACCAAGCUCGUUCUUUUGCACGGAAGAGGUAUCUGUGUUGUAAUGUCUUCUCCAGCUUGUGACGAUUGUGUUUGGCCGACCAAUCGCCCAUCCCGUGAUGAGCUCUCCGCAUCACACAGAAUUCCAGGGAACGGCAGCCGAAGCCUUGUGCUGAGCCACCUUCACCUUCUGCACUUACUCCGACCUCUCCAUUCUUCGACUUCGCGUUUUGAGUCAAUCCUGACGUGUCUUUGAUUUCUUCCAUCGCAGAGUCGUGACGACUACAGAGAUAAGAGACGUGGUCGGCUCUCGUCCCUGGCCAGGGUCUGGACUGUGUCGGUCGCAAUCGAGACUCUGAGCAGUGAACACUCGACUGCCCAUACCGCGGAGAAAGUCCUCUGUCCCGGUCGCGAGUCAUGCAGCAGCAUUCGACUGAUUCGUCUCUCCAACUCUGGAUAACAUAUCUUGUCUGAGGGGCGGCUGUCUGGAGAGAACACCACACGUCAUAUUCGAUAAGCUCCUUCUCCUGAUCAACAAGUGGUGAGACCACACGGCUACCGGACUCGUGCGCCUGGAUAAUUUUCCGUUGUUUGCUUUCGCGCCAUCAGACAACAGCAACACAAUAUGUGUUUCUGACAUGGGCUUUAGGCUGGGCAAGGCUGGGAGAGGCGCAUUUGAGCCAGGGAACCGAAGCCACUGACGUUAACCCCGACAUUUAGUGCGCCCACACCGAGCGAUCUUCCUUUUAGCGUGAGACGGUUCGAUAUGGGCUGACCAAACGGCAUCAGGCCUUGGGUCGAGAAAAAGCCGCGACGGCUGACCUCCGUGAUUCGUUUCCUGAUGACUGCAUCGAGGGGAGAGUGCAACGGUGGCUGCCACUCGAGGUUUGGAACGGGGAUGCCGCAUGGUUCCGAACAAAAAAAGAUUCAGGCCUGGACAGCGCACGAUGCUCCCCCUUUGAACCUAGUCUGCGAGUCAGACACGAAGGAUUAUACUGAAAACCGGAUAAUCUCUGGACAUGAUCCAAUCAGGCUUUUGGGUGACCGCCGUAAUGGAGGGUACAAGGGUUUGGGGGCGGAAAGAUAAAACAUAAGCAUGUCCAAGCAAUCUUGACCAGUCUUGACUGUUCUUGGGGUUCUUGGGGCACCCCCAGACUGGAGACCCCAUUUCAGAUGACAUGCCCAUGUGUAUUGCCCGCAUUGAUAGGUGGGACCAACCAUCGGAUCUGCCAACGAGCCCAGGACUCCCCAGACUUUGUGGGUCAUCGGGCGUUGCAUUUGCUCCAGAGUCUACUACCACCCUUGUAGGUCCCCUGUCGGUUACCAUCACAGGAAUCGAUAUGACGCUUUGCUCGAACCACCCCGCAACCUGUCAUUCGCGUGUACCAUCGUCGGUGGCGCGGCGGCAUAAACCGCAGAAAGUCUCACUGCAGAGACCCAGGGGCGGGGAAGAGAUAAAUGUGUGAUGUCCCCUGGUCUGAGGAAGAUUGCGGUUUGCGUUUCUUUUUGUCUUUUCCCACGCCUCUUUUCCCCUGGCAUUCCUCACUUGCAAUAUGGACUACCACGCCACCCAAUCCUCAAGUAGCAGCAAAGAAACUGGAGCCGAGCACCGAGAGGAGCGCAAGGCCAUCCAGGGCGUCUAUGAUGUCGAGAGCCGGGACCGCAACAGGUUGAGUGCGGUUUUCGAGAAUCCGCUCGCUGGCAUCCCUCAGGACCAACUUUUCAAAGGUGUUGAUCUGUUCUGCGCGCAAUAUGGCUUGGACCAGCAUCGGGACCUUUUUCGAAAGGGUGCUUUGAUUUCACAGAACCCUGCCGCAGUCGAGACCCUACCUGAGCUCAGUGAGCAGGAAAGGGAGGCCAUCCGUCGUGAAACCACCCACAAGUGGUCACAGCCAUGGUCGCUUUAUUUUUUGGCUGCGAUGUGCUCGCUCGCUGCUGCUGUUCAGGGAAUGGACGAGACAGCCAACAAUGGCGCUGUUGAGAUUUAUCCUAGACUCCUUGGAAUAGAAUCGGAUAGGUUUUCUCCACAGAUGCAAGACUAUAUCACCGGCCUUGUCGUCGGAGCCCCAUAUCUAGCUUGCGCACUCAUUGGUUGCUGGCUCACUGAGCCUCUAAACCGGUAUUUUGCACGCAGAGGAACUAUCUUCAUCUCCUGUGUCAUCGCGGCUGUAGCCUCAAUCUGGGAAGGUGUUGCCAAUUCGUGGGUCAAUCUUUUCCUGGCGCGCUUUGUUCUUGGUUUGGGAAUUGGCUCCAAGUCAUCCACGGUGCCUGUCUAUGCGGCCGAAUGUUCCCCGGCCCCCAUAAGAGGAGCCUUGGUGAUGAUGUGGCAGAUGUGGACUGCGUUCGGCAUCAUGCUUGGCAACAUCAUGGGCGUUGCAUUUAUGGGCGUUCGCGAAGAUCUUAGCUGGCGAUUAAUGUUGGGAAGCACUGUUGUUCUACCCAUCGUUGUUUGCGCACAGGUAUACUUCUGCCCCGAGUCUCCUCGCUGGCUCAUUGAGCACAACAAGAUCCCCAAGGCGUUCGAGUCCUUCCGAACUCUCCGCCCAACCGAACUGCAGGCUGCCCGUGACUUGUACUAUGCCUAUGUUGGCGUGGAAAUUGAACGCAAGGUGAACAAGGGCAAAAACUUCUUCACAAUGUUCCUAGAGCUCUUUACGAUCCCACGCAACCGGCGCGCUACUCUCGCCACCUGGAUUGUCAUGUUCCUGCAACAAUUCUGCGGCGUCAAUGUGAUUGCCUACUACUCAACCACCAUCUUUGUCGAAUCCGGAUAUAGCAUCCAGGAGGCCCUGUUGGCAUCCAUGGGGACGGGCAUUCUCAAUUGGGUCUUUGCAAUCCCAGCCUUCCUGACCAUUGAUACGUGGGGACGACGCAAUCUGCUUCUGUUCACGUUCCCCUGGCUUGCCAUCUGGCUAUUUUGGUCCGGAUUCUCGUUCUGGAUUGAGGAUGAUAUCCAGGAUAGCAGGAAGCGAGUCGCCAUGGUCACGACGGGAAUGUACCUCUUUGAGGUGUUUUACUCGCCUGGAGAGGGACCCGUCCCGUUUACGUAUUCUGCUGAAGCGUUCCCGCUGCAUGUUCGAGAGGUUGGCAUGUCUUGGGCGACAGCAACAACAUGGUGCUUCAACUUUAUCCUUUCCUUUACGUGGCCAAUGUUGCUUCGUGCAUUCAAGCCACAGGGUGCAUUUGGCUGGUACGCAGGGUGGUGUCUCAUUGGAUGGGUCUUGGUUCUGCUUUUUGUGCCAGAGACAAAAGAACUCACACUAGAGGAACUGGACCGUGUCUUCUCUGUUUCCACGCGACACCAUGCUGCUUAUCAGCUGAGGAAUGCCGUCUGGCACUUCCGCACAUGGGUCCUGAGACAGAAGCUGGAGCCGCUACCGAAGCUGUACGAAACAGUUGAUAGCUCGACGCCUGAUAUGAAGUCGGAGACGCGGACAGAUACAGACAUCUUGGAGGACACGAACGGAGCAUCUGCAGAGCCGAAGCGAGAGAAUGGAGCCGAUGAUAUAAUAACGGAGAAGUAAACCGAGAAGCCGACUGGGUGUGGUGGUAAUGACGGAGUGAGUCGGAGACGCUGUGGCAUCCAAUCUGAAGGAUAUUGAUGCCUUUGAUACCUAUUUUUCCUACUAAUUUACUAUUUCUUCCUAACGUAUAUCUAAUUGCCGAGCUGAGCUGAUUUAGUCCUCAAUUAUCUGGCCAAUUCUCUGAUCGAAUGUUCUUACUUGCAAUAUGUAAUUGGUUACUGAUCCAACUGUAUGCUAAAAAUCGCUUUCACAACACAUUCCAAGCCUG